AUGACGGGGAGCCCAGGCCCGGCCCCAGCCCCGGCCAAGCCCAAGCGGGCCAAGGCAGCGAGGCGCCYGGCAGCCCACCCCAAGUACUCGGACAUGAUCGUGGCCGCCAUCCGGGCGGAGAAGAGCCACGGCGGCUCCUCGCGCCAGGCCAUCCAGAAGUACGUGAAGAGCCACUACAAGGUGGGCCAGCACGCCGACACCCAGAUCAAGCUCUCCAUCAAGAGGCUCCUUGCCACCGGUGUCCUCAAGCAAACCAAAGGGGUCGGUGCCUCYGGCUCCUUCCGCAUAGCCAAGGGUGACAAACCCAAGAAAAGAACAUCCCGAAAGGGCAAGAAGGCCGUCAGGAAAGCUGGAACGCCCAGGAGAGCAGCUAGACCCAAGAAAGCCAAGUCGCCAGGAAAGAAGCCCAAAGCCACCACCAGGAAGGCCAAAAGAAAGCAGAGGAGCACUCCGAAGAAAGCCAAGAAGCCAAAGACUGUCAAAGCCAAGUCACUGAAGACACCAAAGCCCAAAAAGGCAAGGCGGUCGAAAUCCAGAGCAAGGUCCAGCGCCAAGAAGUCACCCAAGAAAUGAAGUCUGGAGGCUUGUAUCUGGACUCUCUCUCUCUCUCUCUUUCUGUAAAUAGUCU